AUGAAGAUGCUCACUGUUGAUGAGCUGGUCUUGGUGGCACUGUAUCAGCGGCCUCAUCGCGCGCACCAAAGCAGAAUUGUGGCUCAAAUGAUAGCGGCCGAAGACGCGGACGUAAAUGACGUGUGCAGCGUGGCGGCGAUGGCAGGACGUUUUGCGGUGUUAAGCGCAUCGCCCCAGGACGGCGGUGUGUGGACCUCCACCAACAUGCACGGCGGGUUCAAGGAGGAAUCGCAGCUCCCGUUGUUAGGAUUGACGGAGCUGACGGAGGCGGAACAAUUUCGCAUCCUGCUUCAACAGAGCAUGCAGCUCCUUCGCGAGACCCAGUGUUCUCAGCAGAGGCUGGGGCUCUACUACCUUCUUUCGCAGAUGCGUCAGGUUGUAGAUAACCAGCGCCUUUCUUUGCAGGUGGAGAUGGCUCCGCUUGUACGCGUCGGUCGCGCGGUGUUACAUCACCCCUUUGUCUUUGCAAAGCCGUCUGCUGAGAACGCUCGGCAGAAACUGCUUUUUGAGGAUUUUGGUGGCCUGGCGCUUCUCAAGGGACUGAGCGAGGUGCAACAGGCGAAGUUGAUGGCACUUGAGGCGACUGUGGAGCCUCUCCGGCCGCUGUGCAAGGAGCCGUUGAGGUUUAUGCAGUCUCUAGCCUCGUCGUGGGAUGCGUUAUUCGUGCGGCGGACGGCUCUCACUUUGGUACUGUCGAGCGAGGCUCACGACGUCCUUCCUCGCAGUAGGGCUCAGGGUUAUGUGGGUGGCCGUGGUGGUGGUAGUAGUAGUGGCAGUCGCCGGAGGGAAGAGCGACGGUUAGAGAAAGCGGCUUGA